AUGCCGCAUGGCAACGCAGAAUCCCUCGCAAACCGCGACGCGCCCAUCCCCGUGGUCCAAGUCCAGCAUGCAUCAAACAGCAGCACCCCCACGACCGACAAGCACCCGUCGCGCCGACUCUCCGCCAGCAAGCUCAUGAACAAGCUCGAGUCCCUGGGCGACAACAUGACCCGCGAUUCGACGAGUAGGAUGGGUGACAAGAUGAUGAACCUAUUGCUCUCACAGGUGCUUCCGUCCGAGGACCUCUCCGACAGCCCGCCCUCGGAUUCACACUCGACCCCGGCCAAAAACACACCCCAGAUCAAAGAUCGCCGCUCCCGAUCCUAUGUCGCCCGGCCCAGCUUCAGCAUCCCCACCAUGUCGUCCAACUUCCGUCGCUUCAACUCGCGCAUUGGUGUAGCCUUUAUCGCCCAAAACAGGGCCAUACGUCUCUUUACCUGGGUACAGCCUACUCAGACGCUGUCCUUCCUCUUCGUCUGGACUUUCGUAUGCGUAAACCCCUACCUACUGCCUGUCCUUCCGCUAGCAUGCGGCAUGUUCUUCAUCAUGGUCCCCGCCUACCUCACUCGACAUCCGGAGCCUACGAGCAAUGCCAUGGACGUGGAUGGCGACCUGUGGAGGGGAAGCCUGGGGGGACCGCCCCUCGCGGAUGCCACGACUAUCAAGCCUGCACCAGAGUUCAGCAAGGACUUCUUCCGCAACUUGCGUGACUUGCAGAAUUGCAUGGACGAUUUCAGCAACGUACACGACGCCGUACUGAGCUUCUUCACGCCACUUACCAACUUUAGCAAUGAAAACCUUUCUUCCAUGAUAUACCUCAUCCUGCUUGUCGUCUCGGUCCUCUUGUUCAUCAGUGCCCACCUCCUUCCCUGGCGUGCCAUCUUCCUUGUGCUUGGAUACACAGUCACAGCCCUCGGCCACCCAACUGUCCAAGACCUCCUUGCAACCCCCGAAACAGAAAAAUUUGUAGCUGAAGUGGAAAACGAAAGUCGCUCCUUCCUACUCUCCAUUUCCCGCGCAGAUAUUGAGCUCGAAACUUCGUAUGAGACACGCGAGGUGGAGAUCUUCGAACUGCAACAUCGCGCGCUACACGACGAGUACGGCGAAUACGAAAGCUUCAUGUUCUCCCCCUCGCCAUAUGCGCCAUUGUCGCCAUCACGGAUAAGCGGCGACAGACCGCGUGGCACCCCCUUUUUCGAAGACGUACUACCGCCCCGGGGCUGGCGCUGGAGCGACAAGAAAUGGACUCUCGACCUCCUCUCCCGCGAGUGGGUUGAGGAUCGCUGUGUCACGGGCGUAGAAGUUGAAAUCGAGGGCGAGCGAUGGGUCACGGAUUUGCACUACGAACUUCUUGAGACGGAGGAAGAUAGGGCGGGCAGCGCGCGGCUGAAGAUGAAGAAGAGGGAGGGGUCAAAGGGAGGAAGCAUUGAUUUUACAGAGCAAGAGAAAGAGGUCCUGAGACGGACGUGGGAAGAGAGUAAGCCAAGUCGAAAGGGCGAAUGGAGACGACGGAGGUGGGUCAGGGGUGUGGAAAGGAUGCCGUGGAAGCAAGGGUAA